CUUACCUGCACAUCCUCGAUACGGGAGGAUGAUUUAUUUCGUCUCGGUCCUUUUCACGGCAGUGCUGGCUUCUCUGCCCUACAGCGCCGUUCUUCUGCCUGCACACUCGUUCGACCUUACAAGACGCGAUCUGGGCUCGAGCGGAUUCACCUCUGCGUCCUGGAUCUGGCUCUCCACGCCCUCCUCGUCCCACUUCACACAAAACGCCCCUGCCGGGACCGCCUCCUUCCUGAAACUCCUUCCGAAUCCGCCAAACAAAUCCGCGUCCUCGGCGCUCAUCACCAUCACCGCCGACGACUCAUUCACACUCUGGGUCAACGGCCAGCCCGUCGGCGCGUCGCCUGCGGGCCAGGACACAUGGAAGACGGCGUUCCAGUUCAGCGCCGCGCUCAACGCGUCGGACAACAUCAUCGGCGUGAUGGGCGUGAACACCUUCCAGCCCACUAACACAAGGAGUAACCCCGCGGGCCUUGCCGCGGCAGUGCAAGUGCGCUACACCGACGGGUCUACAGAGGUGUUCGGCACGGACAGCACAUGGCUCGGAGCGGGCCCGAACAACACGCAGUCGAACUCGACGUACCCUGUCGGCUUCCCUCUACCAUCUACGGAUCAGGCGCGUGUGUUGAAUAACGGGAUUGGAUGGUCCAACGUGAGCGUCGCGGGACUGUGGGACACCGUCGGGCCCUGGGGCAACGCCUCGCUCCUCCCGCCCUCGGCGUUCGGAGUGCAGAAUCUGUCCGGACAAGCGUCGUGGAUAUGGAACUCGGGCACCGCUGCCGCCGCAGGUUCCGUAGGGUUCCGCAAGACACUCGUGGCCCCGGAUGGGAAAACCCCUGCGAAUGCAACGGUGUUGGUGACAGCGGACAAUGCGUUGCAGCUGUUCGUUGAUAGUGCCUACGUCGGCGCCUCUCCAUCCGGCGACAACGGAUCCGUGAGCACCUACACCGGGCUUUUCGCCCAGCGGUUCGUGCUGCCCCUCACCGCGCAGAACACGACCUUCGAUAUCAUUGCCCAAAACUUCUCUGCCCAGCAGAAUGCCAGCGCAGGCGUCCUGGCCGCCAUCCUCGUUCAAUACACCGACGGAUCGAGUCAGGUGAUCGGUACCGACAACACGUGGCUGGCUUCGGGAGUGCUGAACAGCAACGAUCCCAGCGCAUUCGUCGCCUCGGAUGCGAAAUCUCUGAGCCCGGCGUCCGUGCUCGGGCCGUACGGCACGGCACCCUGGGGUCAGCUGACUGGGACCUCCGAUAUACUCAAUGCCGCGGCGGUACCAGCCAACGUUCCCGUCGCCGCUGGAUCGCCGUCCUCUGUUUCGAGUUCGCCGACGACGACUACGGCGGCUUCGACCCCCGCAGGGCUGGCUCCCGCACAGACAAGUUUCUUGUUCGUUCCGUCGCAGAGUCCCAAUAGCGGUCAACAGGCCUCCGGUGCGGCCGUUGGUCUCCUUCAGGUUUCUGUGCAUCCCAUGUUGCUCAUUGGUGUUUUUGUGGCCAUUCUAAUGACAUGCUGA